AUGAGCGGCGGCGGGCGGAGCGGCGCCCGGGCGGCGGUGAAGAUGGAGGCGGCCCCUUUCUACGCCGAGGAAGGGCUGGAGCUGCUGCCGGACUUCGCGCAGCUGCCGGGCUUCGGCGCCGCGGGGCUGGAGGCGGCCGAGGAGAGCGGGGCGGAGCCGCACAAGCUGCUCCUGGCCGCCAAGAAGCCGCCGCCGCCGCGGGACUUGGCCGGGGCGGCCGCCCCCAGCGCCGCGCCGCCCCCGUCGGGGCCCUUCCCCUCGCUGCGCCCGGGCCCCGGCGCCUUGCAGCCCCUGCUGAAGCUGCCGGCCGCCGCCGACCUGGAGCAGCUCCUCCUCCAAGCCGCCGGCCCCGUCCCGCCCAGCCCCGCCGCCGCCGCCGCCGGGGGGGCCCCCUUCCUCUACCGCCCCCCGCCGCCGCCGCCGGCCCCGGUGACCCAGGAGCAGGAGGGCUUCGCCGACGGCUUCGUCAAGGCCCUGGCCGACCUGCACAAGCAGAACCAGCUGCUGGGCGCCCCGCCGUCGCCCGCCCCCCACCCGGCGGGGCCCUGCUGCCCCCCGCCCCGCCCGGACCCCGCCGCCGUCUACACCACCCUGGGCGCCUUCGAGCCGGCCGCCCCGCCGCCCGCCGCCGCCUUCUUCGCCCGCCUCCCGGCCCCGCCCGCCACCGACGAGCCGCAGACGGUCCCGGAGGCGCCCCCUCCAGCCCCAGCCGCCGCCGCCGCGGCGCUCUCCUCGGGGGACUCCCCGCCGCCGCCCUCGGCGCUGUCCCCGCUGGACGCCGAGAGCCAGGAGCGGCUGAAGGCCGAGCGCAAGCGGCUGCGCAACCGCAUCGCCGCCUCCAAGUGCCGCCGCCGCAAGCUGGAGCGCAUCGCCCGCCUGGAGGAGAAGGUGAAGGCGCUCAAGGGCCAGAACGCCGAGCUGGCCGCCACCGCCGGCCUGCUGCGCGCCCAGGUCAGCCAGCUGCAGGGACGCGUCCGCAGCCACCUCUCCAGCGGCUGCCACAUCAACGCCGCCCCCGGACCCACCCCCGGCGGGGAAGGAGCCGCCGAACCCCAGACCAGCGCCUGCUGA